AUGGAGCUCGCGCCCAUCACGGGAUCGCUGAAGCAACUGCCGCGGAGAGAGAGGGAGCAGGCAGAGGGCACCGAUUAUACUGAUCCGCUCGAGAUCGUACUGGGCGGCGAGUACACCGCCACGCAAUGGGUCAUUGAUGAAGAGGACCCUGAAGGCAGAAACGAGCUGAUACUUCACCGCUUGGAGAAAGCCGAGGUGUCGGCGUUUGAGCAAUUGAACCGCAAAAUGCUCCAAUAUGACCCUAGCGACUGGUUGAGCCUCGAGGAGGUCUUGAAGGAUGAGUGGUUUAUCAAGAGACCACUGGAAGCUAAAACAGUAGAGCCACCUAGACGCAGAGACACCGGGUGGCUAUCGAGAUGGCCAGCGGCUCUGCUGUUUGCGGUGGGUUUGGUCUGGGUACUUACGGACAUACUUCCAGCGGGUUCAGGUAAGAACAAGAUUGACGAGUCGGUUGGUGCGAAGAAGUGCGGGCUUGCUGGAGGGAAAUGCUACAUAGAAAUCCAAUCUCGUAUUUUACAUGCCCAAGUUGGUUCACCUUGGCGAGCCGGCUUGAGCGAAGACUGGAUAUACGUCCGCGGACUAUUGUAUGUCGACCUAAGGGUCAGCGCGAAGGCCAAGGACGAAGAUGAAGAUGACGACGACGACGACGACGACAAGGAGCAAUUGAAGAUGCUGCCUAUCUCGCAACGAGAACCGUACGAUGAUGGCACACCCGGCCGCAACCCUGAACUUUGGAAAUGGACCAAGGUGCAAGCCGAGAGGGAAGUGAAGAGCUAUACGUCUAGGAGCCAUACACGGCCAAAAGACAAGAGGAUGACGGGUGAUACUUGGGGGCGACGUCGAUGGGUGAUGGAACAGCACGCCCGUUGA